UUGUCGUGACUGUGAUUUAUGUUCCACUGAUGCUCUUCGGCCUUCUUGGAAACACACUGACUCUUCUGGUGGUUUGGCUCCGCCCACACAUGAGAAGCUCCACCUACCUCUACCUGAGCAGCAUGGCUGUUAGUGACCUGCUGAUCCUCCUGCUGCUGCCUCUGGAUCUAUAUAAGCUCUGGAGACCCAGACCCUGGUCCUUAGGAGACCUCGUCUGUAAGCUGACCAUGUUCCUCUCCGAGUGCUGCACCUUCUGCACCAUCCUCCACAUCACCUUUCUCUCCCUGGAGAGGUAUCUGGCGGUCUGCUGGCCAAUCACCGCUAAGACGCUGGUGACACGGCGCAGAACCAGGGCUCUGAUUGGCUGCCUCUGGCUGGGAGCGGCUGUCAGUGCAGCACCAGUGUUGGUCAUGGUGGGAGUGGAGGAGGUCGGAGGAGGAGAGGAACUAGGCCUCAGGGGAUGGAGGGAGGAUGCAGGGUGGUCGGGCAGAGAAGGAGAACAGGGUGCAUUUACUAUAGGUGGAGGGGAGAGAGGAAGUGGACACAUGACUUCUAUGCAGGGAGGAUUGGAGGAAAUGAAGUGGGAAGAAAAAGAGAUAAAGGGAUGGGGUGAAAGCGUUGCAGAGUUUGAGAGAAAACUGGAGAUUGGAGAAACAGGAGACAGAGGGAAAGUGAAAGAAGAAAAAGAGGCUGACGAGGAAGGAGGGGAAAAGGAAGGGAAGAUGGAAGAUGAUGGGAUACAGCAAAAUAAAAUGAGAGAAGACGAGGGAGGCGGAAGGGAAGAGGGUGUUGAUAAGGGAAGAGAGGUGGACAACAGAGAGUGCCGCUGCACACACUUCGCCGUCUCCUCUGGCCUCCUGUCGGCCAUGAUGAUUCUCUCCAACCUGUACUUCCUGGUACCCCUGUGCAUCCUGGGACUAGUCUAUGCCCUGAUUGGACGGACUCUCUGGCUCCGUCCUCAAAGAAGCCGUAAAGACAAGAGUCACCGACACACAGUCAAGAUGCUGGGAGUGAUCGUCUUGGCCUUCGUCCUCUGCUGGCUGCCCUUCCAUGUCGGUCGGACCAUAUUCUCCCUUUCUCUGGGCACUGGUGCUGAAAGUCGGGGAACCAACACCGACACAAACACACACUCGGACAUGAACACUCCUCCUGAAAGCACAGGCAACAUGGCCUCUGUUACCGAACCUGUUAGCCUCUCAGACUGGGACCUGAAAACACAAGCUUACACAGACAGAGAUGAUGCACUCUGUGAAAACACAAACAACGAGAUCGACACACACAGUGAUGCAGACGCACACUUGGUUGAGACACAACCCGAAACGCUCACUGACCCAGGCACAGGUUCUGACGAUACGAGCGCACAUCAUGUUGUAUCACACAACGUCAGAGCUGGAGAGAGCACACACUCGGAGAUGCACAAUACUACACAUAACAAGCAAAACACAACCAUUUGCAAAAAAUCCCAGAAGGACAUACUCAGUCUCACAACACCGACAGCAGACACACACACAUAUGUUGCGACGCCCACUGACAUUACACACAAUAACACACACACUGACACACACUCCCUCUUUAUAUAUUAUCUUUCUCAGUAUUUCAACCUGGUCUCCUCGGUUCUCUUCUACCUCAGUGCUGCCAUCAACCCUCUGCUGUACAACCUGAUGUCCGCCAGGUACAGACACGCUGUGCGUAGCCUCGUGCACACACAUUGUCUCACACCGUCUCACCGGCUGAGUACAACACUCUCAUCAGGAUACUCCACAACCACUUUGUAAACAUAUAGACACACGUAACAACAGCAGCAACACAAGGUAGCUGUGAUGAUCACUGGUGGUUCUGCAACGACCAUAUUAACAAACUGAAUUCAGCUGCUCGAACUAAGAUAUCAUGAGAUGUGACUGUAGGAGCAGCU